AUGAACAUCAUCGUUGACGACCAAGACCCUUCCCUCCACUACACACCGGCCUGGAGCACCAAGGGCAACGACGGAAGCCCUCGAGGUAAUCCGCAAGAGUUCAUGGGGACCACUUCGCACAGUGUGCAAGAGGAUACGACUGUGUCGUUUACCUUCAUAGGCACACAAAUAACCAUUUUUGGGUCCCUCCUAGUUGUAGACCAGGUCACCUCCGACGCCUUCUUGCAGUUCACCCUCGACGGAAUUCGGCAGGAUUCAGCAUUUCCAGAGGUGGUGAAUCCGCCCUUCCAUCGCCUAGUUUGGGAUUCUGGCUCGUUGUCAGAUGGGCAACAUAUUCUCGUCAUGGAGGACACCAUUCCCGACACGAGCGACUUUUUCUUCGACUACAUAAUCUACAAGACGAAUGCGCGCGAACUAGGCCAAACCGUGUUGAUUGAUGAUGACGAGUCGGCAGUGGUGUUCUCGUCUGAAUGGCGCCACAACAACACAUUCGAUUUUAUGCAGGAAACAAGCAGUUAUACCGGACAGGCGGGCGAGUCGGUCACAGUCCAGUACAACUUCAUGGAUGGCGACAAAUUGUCCCUCUUUGACAGCGCCCCACCACUCAACCUACCACCGCAAAACGCCCCACCUCUUCAUCAGACAAUAUUCAAUCAGAAGUUGUAUACCUCGCCCGCGUUGACCGCUGGUCUGCACACAUUCAACUUCUCCUACAAUUCGGGGACGCCGUUGGGGGUGGACUACUUCCUUGUUGAGCCUAGCUCAAGUUUUAGCAGCGAUAGUGGAGGCGGGACAAGUGGGACAACUUCGUCCCCCACUGGCCUCAUAGGCGGGGUCGUUGCGAGCCUUCUGUUGCUCUUAAUAUCGGGUGCCAUAUUCUGGCUACGAAGGAGAAACAUUCAGCGUAUAAACCAACGACGCGCUGUUCCACUUGACGUUGAAGCAGCCACAGUCACUGCGCAGUUUCCGCUAUCGAAGAGAGCAUUGGCCGCAGGACGGGAAACGACAGUUGACUUGCCUGUUGCGCGGGUGGAGAAUUCAGAGACUAACGAUGCAGGGCCGGAGCCGAUGGUGUCCGCAGCGGCGUUGCCCACAGAUGAGCUUGUUAGGAUCUUACGGUCUCGACUUGGGGGUAAUGUGGUGAUUGCGGGGGGGAGGAGCAGCCACCUGAUUAUCCACCAACGGAGCGGGGCACACGUGAGACGUAAUUUGGUUUGA